AUGUAUCCUAUUCUUCCAAUUGUCAAAUCUCUUGCCAUGGCUUCUCGCCCCGCUGCUUCACGUCUUGUGAUCAGCAAUUUGCCAAAGUUGAGUCCUAUUGCCUCAAUGGAGAUUGUUAACAAGAACCUCCAUACGUCCAUCGCCCAUCGUGAUAUUGAUCAGGCCGCAAAAUACAUCGGUGCUGGUGCUGCUACCAUCGGUGUCGCCGGGUCAGGUGCUGGGAUUGGUUCUGUCUUUGGUAACCUCGUUAUGGGCUAUGCUCGUAAUCCUGGACUUAAGCAACAGCUCUUUUCCUAUGCCAUUCUUGGUUUUGCCUUGAGUGAAGCUAUGGGUCUCUUCUGCCUUAUGAUGGCUUUCCUGAUCCUCUACGCUUUUUAA